AUGGCUUCCACAUGGCAACCGCAGCAAGAGGGGCUCGCCGAGCUCCUCCAGCUCUUCCGCGACUCGCAGGUCUCUGAGAGCGAGGUGCAAGAACGCAUCGCCAGCCGGCUGGACGCCGUCAGCCGGAUCCCGGACUAUGCCAACUACCUCGUCUUGAUACUGACGUCGAUGACCAACGAGGAGCUCUCGACGCGCUCCGUGGCCGGACUCAUCCUCAAGAACCACAUCCUCUUCCACAACGACCUCAUAUCGCCCGAGUCGUACGAGUAUGUCAAGCAGGCCAUCAUCCCGGCGCUCAGCCUGCCAGAAGACAUGCUGCGCCGGACCGUGACCCAGGUCGUCUCGAUGCUCAUGGCCAUCCUGACGCCGCAGGCGUGGCCCGAGGGCCUCUCGAAGCUCGGAGAGCUCAUGGGCUCGCAGAACUUUGAGGAGGCCGAGGGCGCGUUUAGCACAUUUGCCAAGAUCUGCGAAGACAUCCCGCGCGACCUCGAGAGCUGCGAGAUCAACGGCGUCAAGCCGCUCGACGUGCUGAUCCCCAAGUUCCUCGAGGCCACGCAGCACCCAGACUCGCGGAUCCGGAUGCACUCGCUCAACUGCCUCAACCAGUUUGUCACUUCUGGCUCGCCCGUGCUGCAGGACCACAUCGACACCUUCAUCGCCGCCCUCUUCAAGCGCGCCAGCGACGAGGUGCCCAACGUCCGCCGCUUCGUCUGCCAGGCGCUCGUCCUCAUCCUCGGAUCGAGGCCCGACAAGCUGGUGCCGGAGAUGGACAACGUCGUCGAGUACAUGCUCUACUCGACGCAGGACAAGAACGACGACGUGGCACUCGAGGCGUGCGAGUUCUGGCUCCAGUUUGCCGAGGAGCCGCUGCUCAAGGACAACCUGCGGCCGUACCUGCCCAAGAUCGCCCCAGUCCUCCUCAAGGGCAUGGUCUACAACGAGAUGGACCUGCUCAUGCUCGGCGGCGACGAGGACGACGCGGCGGUGCCGGACCGCGCAGAGGACAUCAAGCCGAGGCACUACGGCGGCGGCGCGCACAAGAACGAGCACCUCGAGGACAGCGCCGACGGGGGCGCCAGCGGCCAGGGCAAGUCGAGAGCCGCCAUCGAGGCCGGGCUCGACGACGACGAGGACGACUUUGACGACCUCGACGAUGACGACGACGAGGACGACGACGCAAUCAGCGACUGGAACCUCCGCAAGUGCUCGGCCGCCGCGCUCGAUGUGAUGGCCAUCAACUUUGGCGACGAGCUGCUCGAGAUCCUGCUGCCGUACCUCAAGGAGCGCCUCUUUAGCCAGGACUGGCUGCAGCGCGAGUCGGGCAUCCUGGCGCUCGGGGCCAUCGCAGAGGGCUGCAUCAACGGCGUCCAGCCGCACCUGCCGACGCUGGUGCCCUUCCUGAUCAACAGCCUCAAGGAUCCCAAGCCGCUGGUGCGCUCCAUUACCUGCUGGACGCUCGGCCGCUACUCGAGCUGGUGCGUCGCCGCAGAGACGCCCGAGCACCAGCAGCAGUACUUUGUCCCCGCCAUGGAGGGCCUGCUGAGCAUGGUGCUCGACAACAACAAGCGCGUCCAGGAGGCCGGCUGCAGCGCGUUUGCCACGCUCGAGGAGGAGGCGGGGCGCACCCUUGAGCCGUUCCUCGAGCCCGUGCUCAAGACGCUCGUGUUUGCGUUUGAAAAGUACCAGCAAAAGAACCUCCUCAUCCUCUACGACGCGCUCGGCACGCUGGCCGACUCGGUGGGUUCGGCGCUCAACCAGCCCGAGUACGUCAACACCAUCAUGCCGCCGCUGAUCGCAAAGUGGCAGAGCCUCCACGACACGGACCCGGACCUCAUCCCGUUGCUCGAGUGCCUGUCUUCGGUGACGAUCGCCGUCGGGCCGGGCUUCCUGCCCUACUCGCCGCCCGUCUACCAGCGCUGCGUCACGCUGGUCCACGACAACCUCGCCGCCGCCGAGGCCGAGAUGCAAAAGGCGCCCGAGGACCAGGACAUCCCGGACCGCACCUUUAUCAUUGUCGCGCUCGACCUGCUCAGCGGCCUCACCCAGGGCCUCAAUACGCUGGUGCGCGACCUCGUCGCCGGCUCGCAGCCCUCGCUGCUGCCGCUCCUCGGCCACUGCAUCACCAACGUCGAGGCGCCGGUCCGCCAGUCGGCCUAUGCGCUCCUCGGCGACCUCGCCAUCUCGUGCUUUGACCUCCUCAAGCCGUACCUGCCCGCGCUGAUGCCCAAGCUCAUCGAGCAGAUUGAGCCGGAGCCCAAGAUUGAGAAUGUCAGCGUGUGCAACAACGCCGCCUGGGCGACGGGCGAGAUCGCGCUCCAGUACGGCUCGGACCCGGAGCUGACGCAGUGGGUCGAGCAGCUCAUCAACCGCCUCGUCCCCGUGCUGCUCAGCACCAAAAGCGUCAAGAGCCUCUCGGAAAACGCCGCCGUCACCAUCGGGCGGCUUGGCCUGGUCCAGCCCCAGCUCGUCGCGCCGCACCUCGAGGUGUUUAUCGAGGGCUGGUGCCAGGCUCUGUGGGACAUCAAAGACAACGAUGAGAAGGACAGCGCCUUCCGCGGCCUGUGCGAAAUGAUCCAGGUCAACCCCAACGGAGCUGCCAAGGGCUUCGUCUACUUUUGCAACGCCGUGGUGCGCUGGACGACGCCGAGCGCCGAGCUCAACGAAAUGUUCCGCAAGAUCCUCACUGGCUUCCGGGACAUGGCCGGAGCGCAGUGGGACGUGCAGAAGGCCCAGUUCCCGCCCGUCAUUGCGCAGCGGCUCGCGGAUCGCUACGGCCUCUGA